AUGGCUGCUAAAUAUUUUUAUGUUGAUGGAAAAAAGAACAAGGUGUACGGGCAAAAUCUUUGCUAUCUGGCUAAAUUGUUUCUUGAUCACAAGACCCUAUACUACGAUGUCGAUCUGUUUCUGUUCUAUGUGCUGUGUGAAUGUGAUGAUAAAGGAUGCCAUAUGGUGGGCUACUUCUCAAAGGAAAAGCACUCGGAGGAGUCUUACAAUUUAGCUUGCAUUCUCACUCUUCCUCCUUAUCAGAGAAAGGGCUAUGGAAAAUUCCUGAUUGCCUUCUCAUAUGAGCUUUCAAAGAAGGAAGGUAAAGUGGGGACACCCGAACGGCCACUAUCAGACCUAGGACUCUUAAGCUACCGAGGAUACUGGACACGUGUACUUCUAGAUAUACUGAAAAAACAGAAGGGCAACAUCUCUAUCAAGGAGCUCAGUGACAUGACAGCCAUCAAAGCCGAGGAUAUUCUGUCCACGCUUCAAAGUUUAGAGCUAAUCCAAUAUCGAUGUCAAAUACAUAAUGCAACUGAGUUUUUGCAGUAUUUGAGGCGUGGCUCUGAGUGA